AUGAGCAAGCUCGUGAAGGGCGGGUUGGAGGGCGAGGAGCAGCGGCUCCAUCGCAUUCGCAUCACUUUGACGUCGAAGGAUCUGCGAUCGAUUGAGCGAGUGUGCACCGAGCUCAUCAACGGCGCGAAGGAGAAGAACCUCCAGGUUGCCGGCCCCGUGCGUCUCCCAGUUAAGACCCUCCGCAUCACCACCAGGAAAUCCCCCUGCGGUGAAGGUACCAACACCUGGGAUCGCUUCGAGCUGCGCAUCUACAAGCGCCUGAUCGACUUGCACUCGCCCAGCGACGUUGUGAAGCAGAUCACCUCCAUCAACAUCGACCCCGGUGUAGAGGUUGAGGUCACGAUCAUCGACAUGUAA